AUGGGCUACAGAGAAAAUGUGCUGUCGUGGCUCCAGACUGAUUUUGGACGAGUCAAAGUUGGUCAGAGCAACCAAAAUCGUCCGAGUCGCAUGAAUCCUUCUCAGUCCAUCGUAAAUGAGAGAAACGCACCACGGAUUACCAAUUAUUUCGAGCGGACUUCUAAACCUCCACACAAGUCACAAGAAGAGUGGGAAAAUAUCCAGGCUAGGAUGAUUCGAGAACUACCAGUUCGGGUUCUUGAGGCUACAAGUUUCUAA